CCCUUCUUGCGCUGCCCUCUAAACGUUUCUGAGCGCGCGCACUCCUAAAACCCUAAUCUUUCCGUAAAUGGGACGGCGGAAGGGCGGGAACAAGAACUCCGCUCCGGGAGGUGGCCAGAAGGGCAGCUCGAGCAAUGGCCUCCUCGACGCGGCCACCAGGAUGAGCAUCGCCGGCGGGGAGGAGGUGGACGAGGUGAUGGAGGAGAGGACGGAGAGUUCCAACCUCGAUGACCCAGCCGAAUCCCUAGCCCUAAUCGGCAGCGACAAGACCAGCGCCGACUAUUACUUCGAUUCCUACUCCCACUUCGGCAUUCAUGAAGAAAUGUUGAAAGAUGUUGUCAGGACAAAGACUUAUCAGAAUGUCAUUUAUCAGAACACCUUUCUUUUCAAGAAUAAGGUGGUUCUUGAUGUGGGUGCAGGAACAGGAAUUCUUUCUCUUUUCUGUGCAAAAGCAGGAGCAAAACAUGUAUACGCGAUAGAGUGCUCCCUCAUGGCUGACAUGGCAAAAGAAAUUGUUCAAGCAAAUGGAUUUUCUAAUGUUGUAACAGUCUUGAAGGGAAAGGUUGAAGAGAUUGAGCUUCCGGUCACCCAUGUCGAUGUAAUCAUUUCUGAGUGGAUGGGUUAUUUCCUACUCUUUGAGAAUAUGUUGAACACGGUGUUGUAUGCACGCGAUAAAUGGCUUAUUAAUGAUGGAAUUGUGCUACCGGACAAAGCCUCUCUAUUUUUGACUGCAAUUGAGGAUGCUGAAUAUAAGGAGGACAAGAUUGAAUUCUGGAACAAUGUAUAUGGCUUUGACAUGAGUUGCAUCAAGAAACAGGCUAUGAUGGAACCGCUUGUUGAUACCGUGGACCAAAAUCAAAUAGUCACCAACUGCCAGUUGCUCAAGACCAUGGAUAUUUCAAAAAUGGCUCCAGGGGAUGCCUCUUUCACAGCACCAUUUAAACUUGUGGCACAACGCAAUGAUUACAUCCAUGCUCUUGUGGCUUACUUCGAUGUCUCAUUCACCAAAUGUCACAAGAUGAUGGGAUUCUCUACAGGGCCAAGAUCGAAGGCUACCCACUGGAAGCAAACUGUCCUGUAUCUUGAAGAUGUUCUGACCAUUUGUGAGGGAGAAGCAUUGGUUGGUAGCAUGACCGUGGAGCCGAACAAGAAAAAUCCACGGGAUAUUGAGAUUAUGCUCAAAUAUUCAUUAAAUGGACAGCGUUGCCAGGUCUCCAGAACUCAGCAUUAUAAAAUGCGUUGAACCGGUGAUUGUCAUUUAUCUGUGAAGUGCAACAAAAUAAGAACCGUUAAGGUCAGAAGGUACAUGGCAUAUUGAAUCCAGAUGUGACCCCCGAUGGCAACUAUCACGAGUUAACAUGUGGCACUCAUCCAUGGCAACAUAGCACUAAAGCUUUUGUAGCUGGUGAACUUCUUGAUUAGUGCUAUAUUCUGGCUAGUAUAUAUCCUAGCAGAAACAUGAAAUUGGUGUCAUUGUUCUUGAUGAUCGGCUGCUAGCCAAUCAGAGAUUGUAAGGAUUGUGUAUCAUGAAAAGCCAUGUUCUAGUGGCUCUAGCUGACUAUGAAGCUGGUCUUAUUUGCUCUCUGUCU